AUGUCACAGCCCCGCGAGGAGGAUCCAGAUAUGGCUAUUUCAUACGCAAGCCAGCCGCCGGCCGGCUCUCAAACACUCCCAUCAUUCCGCGAGCUUCUCCCCGCUCACCUGCACGAUGAAAUCGAAUCUACAUCUUCAUACUACACCCCACCACGCACCCAAGACCGUCCAGGAUCAGGCCACGACAUGGACCCGCGAUCGAUCCCAGGCUACAGCCCACACGCGAAAAUGCCCUACGACGCACACCGCGAAUACACCGUCAGCCGCGGCGACCACUCCCGCCACAUGGCCGACCCAGCCCACCACAUGCGUCUAGAAAGCUCCACCCGCGGCCCCAGCCCAAUCCUCCCCCCAAUCCGUGAUCUGGACUCCAUGCCAGGCCGAAAUAUGAAUACCCAGCCAGGAAGUGCCAGUGGCAAAAGCUAUCCCGAGCAUGGUCCGGCGCCAGGCUCCAUCCCGCCCCCACGCUCCGAUCCCUUCGGCCAGGAGUAUCGGGCUGGCGCGCCUAUGCCGGAUCGACGCAGUGAGGCAUAUCCGCAUCAGGCCAUGAUGCAUCCCGGUUCGCCGUAUGGGCAUGCGCAUCCGGGUAUGGGGUAUGGGGACGAGGGCGUGCCGCAGAUGAUGGCGCAUGGGCAGGCGAAUUUCGGGAUUAUGGGGGAUCCUAUUGAUCCCAAGACGAAGCGGCGACGGGGGAAUUUGCCGAAGCCUGUUACGGAUAUUCUCCGUGCGUGGUUUCAUGAGCAUCUUGAUCAUCCGUAUCCUAGUGAGGAGGACAAGCAAAUGUUUAUGACGAGGACUGGGUUGUCGAUUAGCCAGAUUAGUAACUGGUUUAUCAAUGCCCGGCGGCGACAGUUGCCUGCGCUGCGGAAUCAGAUGCGCACUGGUGAUGUCGACUCGUCGCGACAGUCUCCGUUUAGUGAUGCUGAUGGCUCUGAGCAUCUUGCUUCGCCCCAUCACUGA